AUGGAGUGCGAGCCGGAGGAGCUGCAGUUCCUGGGCGUGGUGGGCAUCUACCGCUUCUCCGCGGAGAUCCUCCGGGGCCCACACCGCCCGCUGUUCGCGCGCAUCGCGGCGGCGUUCGUGCUCCCGCUCUCCGCGCUCUUCCUCCUCCACAUCGCCAUCUCGCACGCGCUCUUCACCCACAUCGACACCGACGACACGGCGCUCGACAACUCCUCCCCGGGCACCGACACGCAGCGCCGCCUGCUGUCCCGCCUCGCCUCCGACUGGCUGGCCCUGCUCCUCUUCAAGUCCGCCUACCUCCUCGCGCUGCUCCUCCUCUCGCUCCUCUCCGUCGCCGCCUCCGUCUUCUCCGUCGCCUCCGUCUACUCCGCCAAGCGCGACGCGCUCACCUUCCCGCGCGUGCUCUCCGUCGUGCCACGCGUCUGGCGGAGGCUCGCCGCCACGUUCCUCGCCGCCUUCGCGCUCCUCGUCGCCUACCACGCCGUCGCCGCCCUCCUCUUCGUCGGCCUCCUCGUCGCCGCCGACAACAGCAACGGGUCCGGGGGAGGCCUCGCGGGCUUGCUCGCGUUCCUCGUCGCCGUCGCCUACCUCGUCGGCCUCGUCUACCUCAGCGUGGUGUGGCACCUCGCCAGCGUCGUCUCCGUGCUCGAGGACUACAAGGGCUUCGCCGCCAUGCGCAAGAGCAAGGACCUCAUUAAAGGGAAGCUCGUCACCGCCGGGGUCAUCUUCUUCACGCUCAACCUCGUCUUCGCCGUCGUCGAGCUCGGGUUCCGCGCCUGGGUCGUCAGGGGAUCCGGAGCGGGCUCCAGGCUCUUGCUUGGCCUCCUCAUGCUCGCCGCGCUCUGCUGCGUCGUCAUGUUCGCGCUCGUCUCCCAGACCGUCGUCUACCUCGUCUGCAAGAGCUACCACCACGAGAGCCUCGACAAGGCCAACAUCUCCGACCACCUCGAGGUCUACCUCGGCGACUACGUCCCCCUCAAGGCCUCCGACGUGCAGAUGGAGCAGUACCAGGUCUGA